AUGGAGAAGGCGGCGGCGGCGGCGGCGGCGGCGGAAGAGGAGCAUGAGGAGACGUGGGCAUGGACCUGGGGCGCGGGCACGGACGGCCAGCUCGGGGACGGCGGUUUCCAGGACCACCACCUCCCGCAGCCGCUCCUCCUCAAUCCUCACUGCCGCGGUCGCGUUUCCUUCGUCGCCGGCGGCGGCGCCCACGCCAUCGUCCUCACGAGUGAUGGUGAAGUCUUUACUUGGGGCAGAGGUACACAUGGUCAACUUGGCCACGGGAAUUUGGAGAACAUCCCUCAUCCUAAGUCUGUUAAGUUCUUUGAAAACUCUACAAUAACCUGCGUGUCUACUGGAUGGAACCAUUCUGGAUUUGCUACAGAUUCUGGACAACUCUUCAUGUGCGGAGAUGGCUCAUUUGGACAGCUUGGCACUGGUGAUAAUCAGUCAAGGAACUUGCCAUUUGAAGUGCCUUUCUUUACCUCAAAGCAUGUUGAGAAGCUUGCACUUGGGAUGCGCCAUUCUCUUGUCCUUUUGAAAGAUAAUUCUGUCUAUGGAUUUGGCUCAGCAAGACGGGGACAAGUUGGCAAACCUGCUUCUAAGAACCAAAAGUUCUAUAACAUUCCAAGAUUAAUUGAUGGUUUUCCAAAUUGUAAGAUAUUGGGUUUAUAUGCCAAUGGAGAUCAUAGUGCUGCGUUGGAUGAAUCUGGCCAGCUGUACCUCUGGGGAAGAGCAUUAGUUGGUGGGCGUGAUGACGACCAACCUCGGGCAGCCUUUCCCUCUCUGAGUAUUUCUCAAGUGGCAUUAGGAUGGCAUCAUGCAUUAGUUUUAUCCGGAGGUGAAUUGUACACCAUUGGUGCUUACCGCCAUCAGAAGCAUAACCCCACUUUGUCAGAUAACGCAGUAGUACAGCAACUAAAUCUUACUACAACAAGUAGUACUCAUCAUGAGUUGUCUUCAAUAUCAAACUUAGAGAAGGUGCCCCCUAUCGAGGGAGAACAGGUGGCCCAGGUAGCAGCCGGCACUGAACAUUCAGCUCUGGUAACAGAUAGUGGAGCGUUGUUCACUUGGGGCUGGGGAGAGCACGGCCAACUGGGCUUGGGAGAUACUUGUGAUCAGGUGGUUCCUCAGAAAGUAAAUCUAGGUGACAGGAGCUCACGAUCUUCUGCUUCUUCACUCGGCGUGUAUUGUGGGAGUGGAUUUACUGUUGCCGUGAGUCUGGCUUAGUGGCAGAUUUGUUACUGCUGUACCAUGUGUUUUCAUUCUGUUUCCACUCGGUGUGCGACAGAGAUGAACACCAGAUGAUACGUUCUCCUGGCAUGCCAAUUGAGAGCGAACGAGGAGCACAGCAGGAUCGGGUCUGUGUGUAUGAAGAUCACUUGUUGUUGACUAGUAUAAUAGUCCGGCUUGGGGGCGCAAUACAUUUUGCACUUUUCGAUU